UUAAGGCACGCGCUUUGAGUCUUAUUUCUCCGGUUAAACUGUUGUGGGCGGAGACAAGAUAAAAGCAGGGACAAGGGAGACGAGGCACCUUGGAUACAGCUGCAGGAAUUGAGGACAGGAAGAGGCCAUCGUACCGUUUUUUGUCGUUGUACCGGAGACCAUGUUCGUCUUGGAGCUCCUUCUGCUGCUCAUAGGUUUCUUGGCUGCAGGCUCGGUCGAAGAGAAUUGUGGUUGGCCAAAGGAGAUAAUCCUCUCAAAACGCGGCACCCAGUACUCCUCAUUGGAAUUCACCUCGUCACAAACGAACUCAACCACUGAUGUGUUGUGUAGGACUCGGCUCUCCAGUUUCGAUGGCAUCAGUGUCCACGUAUCGAACUACUACAUUACCCGAGGGCUCUCCUUUAAACUGACUGGCGUACUGUAUCAAUUUGACGCGAUUGACGUCGCCUGGGAGUACGGUCAGUUCGCUGACUACUUGACUGUCUGGAGAGCGGCGUUUUUCGUCACUUACUCACGCCCCGCGGGCACAACCUCGGCCAACGAACAUGGCUUCCGACUUGGCCUCCGGUACAUAACGGAGUCACAGUCACCUUGCUCUGAAGGCAGAUGGUCCACUUUUACAGCAUCACCACGGACACGGCUGCUGUACCCACCAGGAUAUCUGGGUAAGAAUGUAUAUUAUUAUCUCAGGGAACCCGUGUCUUGCAAAUGGAAGAUUGCAGCUCCGCCUGGGCUCGUACUCGACGUAAAACUCAUCACUAUUUCUCCAGAUGCAGUUAUAGAGAUCAAUGGGGAAAAUGGCCGCUAUGUCCCCAGAAUUGCGGGCAGCAAGAAUGUUACAAUAACAUCUCAACAAAAGGUCAAAGGUUUUGUAGUCGAAUACACAGCUGUUCCCAUGGAGACGAGAUCGUGCAGUGUAAACAACACUGAAGUACUCACUGGCCUCGGGGAUUGGUACGUGCUGGACUGGAGAAUCCGCCCUUCCGGGAACGAGGAUGUCCUGGAAUGUGGGAUGACCUUUGACAGCGGGUCCGACUCGAGAGUAGUUGAGGUGACGGUUACCGACUACCGGCCCUUGACCAGUGGCCAGUCGUGUGCGGAUCAGACUGUCACGGUCAUUGACGAGAGCUCAGGGGUCGUGCUGCUGAAAGGUGAAAGGCCAGAAGGUCCGGCGAACUGCACCGAGAGAACCUUUCCUUUCUCAACAAUCAGAGCCUCUGGUCGGAAACUGUCCGUUUUCUUGUUCGACAAGAAACACUCUGACGUCCGUGAAACUGGCCUGACGCUAGUGGUCAAAUCACGUGACAUCAACAGUCAGGUUCUAGACCCGGCUGCUCCUAUCUCAUACGCCUGGGUUCCGGCUGGACAAAUCAGCGAAAAUGACACUCUUAUGAUGACCCUGACACAGGCUGUCACUGCAAACUGUAGCGUUUUGGAAGCGAUGGAUAAAAAUCUGAGCUCUCAGCUGGUUCUAAGCCAGAAGAUGUCCGUGUUUAACGGACCUUCAGAAGAAUAUUUUGAGCUGACCAAAGACUGCAACGGCAACGUCCUGAACAACACGGCUCUCUUCCCGCUUGAGUCUGUCUCGCUAGUCGUCCACGGGCAAAGCGAAGGGUUCUGGAUCAAGUACCAGGCUAAUCGCGACGUGCCCUGUGAGAGGGUCUACACCCCUGUCACUGGAGCAUCUUACAUGUUAUCGGAAACGGUACAACAGAGAAAGCACCUGGACUGUUACUGGCACCUAAUUAAUGAUAAUGGCUUGAUCGGAGUCAAAACAAACUUUAGUUCUUAUGACAUUGACAACGAGGUCCAAUCAUUCUUCUUUUGGAUGGUUUCCGACGUCCCAUUUUACUCGCCGGCAAUCGUUCCGGGUCGUCUCUCUGUUCUGGCCAGUGACGGGGACCUUAACUCCCACCAGCCUUUGCUGACUAACUAUUACUUUCUCAUAGACCCCGACCUGUGGCUGUACGCAGCGAGCAACCUGACCGUGCGGCUGGAAGUAGACAGGCCCAAUCCCCACACCAAUCUGGAAUUUCAGUACAAAACACUCCCGUACGAAAACUGGGUGCAGAAAUCUUGCUCGAUGCCGAUCCUAAACGCCACGAGCGAGAUGCAGCAGAUGGAGACGUUUAACUAUCCCGACUACAUGUUGUCCGACCUGGAUUGUCAGUGGAACAUCACCAGAGCUGACCCAAGCCAUCUUGUCACCCUUGAAGUGUCCAGCAUACGAUAUAUCAAGCUCUGUGAAGGGGAUGACAGGCCCGUCCAACUGACAGUGUAUCUGUACUCAGAGAGAGACACAUCGGGCACUGAGUUGGACAUCUGUGGGACCCGUGGAUUUUGGGGGUUUGCACAAGCAUUCGCUCAGGAGACUGUGAUGCUGAGACUGAAAGUCACGCGACCUGUGAUCCGGGGUCUAUACUUCAGGUACUCAUCAAUUGACCCACAAGACACGGAGUACACAGCGUGUAAUGAAACCAUCCAUCUUGGCGAUAAGACGGUGUCUCGUAACGUCACUUUCUACCCUCAUCACUUCCCAGGGCCCACUGUAUGCUACUGGAGAUUUCUCUCCGGUUCAGAGAGCCAGGCGGUUAUCUUGACCAACAUGGACUUUAAUUUCAUCCCCCCAAAUUGGCAAAACGACGUGUACCUUCCCCCCGGGAAAGUAGAUUUUAUCUCGGUGGUGAACGGCACACCUAAAACCAUCCUGUCCACUGAAACUAUGACGUCACACUCGUACGUUGUCAGCAUAGAAAACGAAAUGCUCCUCCAGGUUGAUCUAACGGAGUACCUAGCUCGAAAAAUGACCUUGACCUUCACUGCGAACACCAUACCCAUUACAGGCUGCAACGGCACCACCCUGACCUUGACAGUGCCAGCCAACGGGGCGUAUCAGGAUCUGACGUCACCAAACUACCCGGACCGCUACCCGCCCAACUCACGCUGCGCGUAUAUUUUGAGAUCGGAGGACGACACCAAGGUAAUUGAAAUGAGCGUCCGUGACCUUGAUAUCCCCAAACUGAGCCAACACUUGACAUGUACUGACUAUAUGACCUACGACCGAGUGGUUAUUGUCAAUGACGAGUACUCAAGAUACACGCUCUGUAAUGACGGUCAAGACCACAAGAAGCCAAUUUUCAGUAGUAGACCCGAGGUCAAGAUUGAAUUCUUCUCUUAUGAGGUUCAGCAAGGUCACGGUUUUCUUAUUAAGUACCGCGCUGUCGAUCGGCAUCACUUCCCUCCAAGUUCUAAAUCUCCGGACAAUGACUCUUUAGUAGCUAUCGUCUGUGGUUCUGUGGCUGGCUUCGUGGGGCUGGUCAUAAUUGUGGCAGUGUUGAUAAGACUACGCAGAGCUCGCAGCCACACUCAGAAUACUGAAGUUUAUGUACUGGGGCAAGCAAAGAAAAUGUAAUAACCUGCGAGCUAGACCAGAAACGAUAAAGCCGUCUUUACUAAAGUCCACAUCGUCAGCACCAUUAGGCUAGCUCAAAAUUUUAAAGUUUUAUCUGCUCAGUACCUAGUUUUGAGAAAUUCGACGUCCAAGAUUUUGAGUUUCACACUAUU